AUGCUGCUCAGCCUCGCCGCCUGCCUGGGGCGCUCCCGGGCCGCUCUGGCGCGCCAUUCGCCCUCUGCUUCUCACGACGACAGCCUCGUUGACAGGCCAUUCGCUCUGCUGUUGCACUUGGUAACCUGGAAUGUGGGCACAGCUUCUCCUCCUCCUGAUGUUACCUCAUUACUUCAGCUCAAUUUGCAAGGACUGGCAGUGGACAUGUACAUUGUUGGUUUACAGGAAGUGAAUUCCAAGAUUGUGAAUUUCCUGUCUGACUUGGCUUUUGAUGAUCCCUGGAGUAUUUUCUUUGAGACAAUUCUCUCUCCUCUGAGCUACAUCAAGGUUUCUUCCAUCCGAAUGCAGGGUCUCCUCCUCCUGAUCUUUGCAAAGCACGCCCACGUCCCCUUCAUACGGAACAUUCAAAGCCAGUUCACUCGCACGGGCAUGUAUGGAUAUUGGGGAAACAAGGGGGCAGUCUCCAUUCGUAUGUCUCUCUACGGGCACAUGGUCUGCUUUGUGAACUGCCAUUUGCCAGCCCACAUGGAGAAUGCGGAGCAACGGCUGGACGACUUUGAACACAUUCUGGAAAUGCAGCAGUUUGAAGGCGAAAAGGUCCCUGGUGUCUUGGAUCAUGACGUUCUUUUCUGGUUUGGUGAUUUAAACUUCCGGAUCGAAGACUAUGGGUUGCAUUUCAUCCGAGAGUCAAUAAACAACAACAGAUUCAGCCUCCUGUGGGAAAAAGAUCAGCUAAAUAUGGCCAAGAAGAAAGAGGCCUUUCUUCAGGAAUUCAGAGAGGGGCCUCUACAGUUCAAACCCACCUACAAGUUUGACCUCUACUCCAAUGAGUAUGACACCAGGGCGCAGAAGAUGCUGUUUUGGUUUAAUGGGAAGAAACGGAAGCCCGCUUGGACAGAUCGGAUUUUGUGGAGGGUGAAGAGCCUUCUGCCCUAUGCUUCGGAAGCAGGGGAGGUGCCGGAAAAGCAGCCCAUUUCCAUGUCUAUGCACAGCUAUGCCAGCCAUAUGAGCUACAGCAUCAGCGAUCACAAGCCCGUGACGGGGACCUUUGGGCUGGAGCUGAAGCCGCUGGUAUCCAUCCCGUUGGUCACCCUGCACCCCGUGGGUGACUGGAGCACGGAACAGGAUGCAAUUGUCAGCUACUCGGCCCUUUCUGAAUUUCAGCACAGUGCCUGGGACUGGAUCGGCCUGUACAAGGUGACCUUCAGGCAUGCGAACGACUACGUGGUCUAUGCCUGGGUGCAGGACAAUGAGAUUUCCUCCGGGGAGGAUGCUAAGCAGGUUUAUCUCAGCACCGAAGGGCUCCCCACAGAAGGAGGGCAAUUUCUCCUGGGGUAUUACAGCCACACAAUGCAGUCCCUCGUUGGCCUUAGCCAGCACUUCCAGAUUCAGCCAAGCAGAAUGCUGGCGGAGAAGGACCUGGCGUGGGACGGAGAAGCGCUGCGAUGUGGGGCCGCCGAAUGAGUUCUGAAACGCACACGUGCACCCGCGACACAGGGCUGAGGGGCUCCAGGACUCUUCGUGGAGGAAGUGACGGAAUAUGCGGAGGGGCCUCCUCAUGAGUUAGGGCAGUUGGGAGCAUCGUUUCUUGGGUCACUUCAGUCACUGUUGCAGGUGGGUCCUCAUGCCCUGCACAGAUACUAGAAAAUCAACGGCUGGAAAACCCUGACUAUCCAGUGGACUACUGGCAUCCACCCCCCUUCCAGUGGCUAGCCGGGGGACAAGAGCCGGCUGCUUGUCCCUUUUUCCAGAGGCCACUGUUAGGACUAAGACGGUUCACUGAGAUCUGGUUAGUCCAGCAGUGCUUCAGAACGUAGCUCAUACUAUGCGAGAGAGGUGUUUAGAAUGUAAUGGGAAGCUGAAAUACAUUAUUUUUUUUAGCUGGAGAGAAAACACAGCUGGGAUGUACUGGUUGGGAGGAGCAAGUGAUCAUGAGACCGCAGAUGGGAGGAGGCGAACCUGUGGCUUGCGUGGCAGUUUUCUUGUGGCUUUUUCUGUCAUCUUCUCUCUGCCUCACAUGCCCAUCGCUUUAGUUAUCUCACAGGUUUUAAUGCUUGAAAUAGUGAAAGCAGAUGUACACAAUAGACAGACCUUUACUUUGCAUUGCUUUGCUUUUGAGAUUCCUUGAUGGUCUGUUUUAUUGUUAGUUUAUUGUUAUUGGUCUGUAACAGGCCCCAGCCACCUUACUGGAUUCUCUUCAAGUUCCAUCCCUGUAGGAUGAACUCUAGGUUGGAGAUCUCCCCCCCCCCCUGCCCCUUUCCAGGAGAUGUGCAAGAACCAGAAGGCUGUAGGUUUCAACUUGAUAGCCGCUGCUCUGAGUCAAUCCCUAGUCUGGACCAGUACCUCCACCUUUGCAGAUGUUUGCUUCUGGGAGAAUCUGCCAUACAGCAGCUAGUGGAGUGACGUGAGUUCUUUCGCCACAGCUUUCUGUGGAUUCUGGUUCUAGAUAGUAUUGACGGCACUGAAGGUCUUUGCUGAUGGUGGGAGACCUAGCUGACACCAUCACACUGAAAUCUUUGCAUUGCCCCUAGAACAGGCGAGGCGCUCCAUCCCUCAUGUGCAUCAGUCACCCGGUCCCAGUCGUACAGGCCGCUUUUACAAAGGGCCGAAGCUGAAAGACAGUGCGGCAUGUGUAUGUUUGACUACUCUUCCUGCCAACCCCUGUGCAGACUUCCCCCACUUUGCAGAGACUCCGUGUUGCCUGUACGAAUUUGCCGCCUAUAGUUCUCUUGUUCUGAAGUCACUCUAGAAGGGUGAGAUGGUGGAAGAGGGCGUCAGGUGUAGCGGCCCUUGGCUGCGAUCAAAGCAUUUGUGUAGCGAGAAGGGGACCCAAAUGAAGGACAUUUGGGAGAAGAACCGAGGUAGUUGCUUGACCACGGCCUGCAUUAAGCUCUCGGGAUGAGAGGCAUUCACUGUCUCUCUGCCUUCAUGGCAUUACCUGUGCUUGCAGUUAUUUUAGUCUCGAUAUCCUUGUCGUGUCACAACAGGACUCUCCCUGGCCUCUGAUGCAGGGCGGGGCCUUUCCUUAUUUCUUUCUCAUCCCAGCUGGUGCUUCUGGGAGGUCAGGAUCGUCUCUCUGCAGUUGUAAACUUGGAAGGCUUUUAAACAGGGACAGUUUCUAACAUGGCUGAUAAGCGGUGGUUAUCAGCUUAGCUCCAGUCACUGUGAAAGGAUUUUAAAGUAGCGGUUACCCAAUCUGAAUGUAAAUAGCUUCUUUUGAAUGUCUGCUGUCUGUAGGGAAGGGCGUCUGGCUGGCUGGCACCAACCGAGCAUCUUUGCUUUCUCGUAUCAUGACCCUGAGCUUUGGCAUCGUGGUGGAGACAGCAAGUUUUUUGGAGGCAAACUGUACAUUAAAUUGGAAUAUAUUGAUAAAGGAUUUAUGUAGGUCACUUUCUAACUCCUGGGCAUUUCUUUGGGGAAAGUCUUGAGGUAUGGCAAUAAACAAUCCCGAGCAAUUGCUAAGGGCUGUACAUUUUCCUCCAGGAGUUUUUAAAUCGCCUUUUUGACCUUGUCUGUUAUUGCUGCUUAGUGGAAUUUUAUUUCCUUGCUGCUUUUCAAGUGCUUUUACUUUGCUUCACUGCAUCUCUUAGCCCAGCAUGACUUUUAGGUUAAGCCCUGAAAUUAUGUCUUGAUAUUUUGAAACGCAGCUCUUGAGCAGAGAUGGGGAAAGGGAUUCAGCUAAGAGUUGUUUGGCAGGAAUUCUACAACCAUGUUGUUUUCA